AUGGCUUCCGCCGCAUCCUCGUCUUCUUCCACCCAGAUCCGCAUCGCGUCAUGGAACCUUCGCUACGAUUCCAUGCCCAACAACAUCACUGUGCAGCAGACGCUCGCAUCGCUCGCAGAUCCGCUCCAGCAGCCUGCCUUCUUCAAUCUCACGGGCGAGCAGCCGUGGAGCACACGGAGAAUUAAAGUUGCGCAGCGCUUGCUCAGCGAGAAUAUCGUCCUCGCAGGGUUCCAAGAAGGACUUGUCAGACAAGUCCACGACCUCGCAGAGUUGCUGGGCGAUGGCUGGGGCUGGUUCGGCGUUGGGAGAGACGACGGUGUAGACGCUGGCGAAUUCAGCCCCAUCUUCUACCAAAAAUCGACUUUCGAUCUUCUCUCCAACGACACGUUUUGGCUCUCCAACACGCCUUUCGUCCCGGGAUCCAAAUUCCCCGGCGCAGGGUCCGUGCGUAUCGCAACCGCGGUGCGUCUACGCGCCCGAGCAACCGGCACGCUCUUCACCUACCUCAAUACGCAUCUCGACGACCAGUCCGACGCGCAACGCCGCCUCGGCGCGUCGCUUAUACUCUGGCGCGCGCGCUUUGAGGCUGCGCAGGGCGGGAGCGGCCGUGGGCUCGUCCUCGUCACGGGUGACUUCAACAGUCCGUCGACGGGUACAGACUCGGGCGCGUACAAUAUCAUCACAGGCGCGCUGCCCCCCGUCGCAAUCAACCAGACGUUCGUCGACCGCUACCCGAUUCCAAGCAACGUCCUGCCGAACUUCACGGCCAUCGACCUGCGCACGCGCGUGUCGCGGUUCGCCGCGUCGGGCAACUUUGCGACGUACACCGGCUUCGUCGCCCCCCAGGACGCAAGCCAGUACACGCACAUCGACUUUGUAUUUGGGGGCAGCAACGGAGGCUGGACCGGCGACGCGUUCAAGGUCGAGACGGCCCUCACCGACGACGGCGUCCUCGCGAGCGACCACCGCCCCGUUUUCGGGGACAUCACGCUUCUGUGACGCCGCGUGACGGCCGACCGAGCGCGCAACGAGUAACAGACAUUUCAGCCAUCAAGCACACCCGGCCGGGCGCCCCCUCGAUCGAGGCUCCACGCUCCCGGAACUAUUUCUUUUUUUCGACUCCCGUAUGCGUUGCCUUUUUCUCUCGCGGGCGUAUCUGUGUGUAUGUAAUCUGCGGUCGCUUGGCGGUGGCGGUCUCAGAUCCAGGGUAGCUCAGGGUUCAUUGUAUCAUCGUCGUGCGUGUGUAUGCGUAUGUAUGCCGUGUACUCGAGUAUUUACGUGUACG